AAAAAUCUCAGCAGGUCCCCCGUCCCUCAGGCCCUACACAGCUAAGUAUUCGCAACUUGCUCGAUUGCUCGAAUACGCAGACCAUGUGCGACCAUAGCAGUUAUCGAACAGUUCGGAGGAAGAAACAACAGAUGAAAUUAAGAGAGGCCUGAGAGAAAGAUACGGUCAUCUUCAAGAAUUAAACUUUUUUCCACACAUCGAAGUGAACCUGCUGUAGCAGGGAGAUGAAAUUAUAUAAGCAGAAACCCGAAAUCGCAAUGGAGGAGAGCAAUGGACCUCCCCCAAGAUUGCCCACUUCAGUUAUGCAUUCUGUUUACUCACAUUUCCAGUCAAAAAUUGGAAAGCCCCUAGAGGUUAAUUUUGAAAGAUUGAAAAGGGGCGGAGAUGUAUUAAUGGCUUCACUUGUUAGAAAAAAUGAGGCAUCUCUGGUCUUAGAUGUUGAUCUUGAGAACCAAAUGCAACCUUGGAAAGAGAAUCCUGUCUGGACUGAUCAUCCUCCAGAUAUAAAGGUGACCAUACCUGAAGGUUCACUGUGCAAGAUGAACGUAACAGUGGAUGUUGGAUUGCCACCAGAUGCAGUUUACAACAUUGUAACUGAUCCUGAGAAUAAGAAAGUUUUCAAGAAUAUUCAGAAAGUCGUAUCAAGGAAGGUGUUGGUUGAUGAAGGGUCAAGGCAGGUUGUGGAACUAGAACAAGCUGCUUUGUGGAGAUUCCUUUGUUGGUCAGGGACAAUAUCAGUGCAUGUCUUAGUAGACCAGAAUAGAGAGGAUCGCACGAUGAAGUUCAAACAAGUAAAAACUGGUUUCAUGAAAAAAUUUGAAGGUUGUUGGAGAGUUGAACCUCUUCUUGUUGAUGAAGAUGUAUGCCAUCUAGUAAGACCUAAGAACUUGGCUGAUUAUGUUUUGUGCACAAAAGGAAAAGGAAGGGUUGGAUCAAGGUUAAGUUUGGAGCAACUUAUCCAGCCUGCUCUUGUUCCUCCCCCACCCAUUUCUUGGUACAUUAGAGGAAUCACAACCAAGACUACAGAGAUGAUUAUAAAUGACUUGCUAGCUGAAACGGCCAGGAUUCGAAGCUCAUCUAGCAUGGAGAAUUCGAGAGGUUCCGUGGUAUCAUCCAAUGAGAGGUCUAGUGAAUCACAAUUUGAAAAUCUAGGCAAUAUAAAGGAGAGAUGGGCAUCAAGAAGAAAAAAAACAAGGAAUUGUGGUAGAAGACUGUCUUGCAAAGAUUCUGCCAAUAAGUGAUGCAUGCUUGUCAAAGAUAAUAACCCCUUGUAUACAAAAUUGAUGUAUGUAACCUUAGGCCAUGAGACAUCAGGUCAAGGUUGUGUAACAUGUCAGUUCAGAAUCUUGACUAGCCAGAUCGGUUCAAAAGUCAGACCAAAUCAGAAAGUUAAGUCCAAUUAAUAACAUCCUAGGGCUCAAAAAGAGUAUAACUGUAUAACUGUAUACAAACAUUAAGAUUGGUAUGUUUCAACUUUCAACUAGCG